GGUUGUGUAAUUUCUCACGGCAUGGCUAGCGCUCGUAAUUUAUUUUUACGAAUAUUUCCCCAUAAGAACUCGAUUUUUGCGCGUAGCAUUGCAAUGACUGCACCCAGGCGCGCCGAGGAAGCCUUGGAGAAGUUAAAGGACAAGAAUCCAUACUAUGGGAAGUAUGCGGACAAAAUAGCAAAAAUUCAGCAAAUUUCUCCCGAGGAGUUUUUAGAUAGAAUUGAGCGUGUGGUCGAUCCUAUCAAAGAUGGCAAAAGCCAGGCCAGGUCGUACUCGGAGCUGCUGAAUCCAAAGCAGAAAUUGGAAAAAGCAAGCGACGCCGAAUUGCCGCACAAGAAGCUGGAGGACGUCAUGAAAUUGGAACUGAUUGCGGACAAGAGCGCCGAAGAGAUAUCCCAGAUUUGGUUAGAGUACCACAAAACCAAGGAUGUGCUGGCGGCCACUCUAACGAAGUCGCAGUAUGAAUUGCUGAUAAGCCGUGCCAAGGAGCAUCCCAUAUUCCUGCUGCCUUUGCCACGCAGCGAGGGCUUUGAAUUCAUAAUGCUGCAGUUUGCCGCAAACACCGUGCACUUCACACCCCUGCUGGCCUACCAAGUGCACAAAGAGAACGCGCCCGAGUGCCUGACUCUCGUCCACUACACUGAAGUAGAAGACAAGGGCAUUGUGUUGAUGCGCGGCGAAUAUGAUACCAAGGUGCUGACCGCCCAGGAGGCGCAGUGCCUGGCCAACGAAUUGCAAAUGUUCUACUAUAAAACGGAUGAGAGCAAAUUGAAGCUGCUGGAGACGUUCACCAAGCGUCCGGACGAGUUUAAGCACAUGGAUCUAAUCAAAGAGGUGGAGAACAUACAGCUGGGCUAAAUCCACUGGUUGGCGGAGAAAUUUUAGUCAUACAAAUAUAACUUAAAAUAAAUACUAUACAAAGAAUUUGAAA